GUCCGGGCGUCGGCAAUUCCGGUACCCCGUGGGGUAUCCAACCCUGCCUUAUCCCCUGCUGGUUCUGCUAUAAUGCGAACUAUCCCUUGCCCAACGUUCGCGAUCUUGUCAGCCCACACUUGCAUUGCCUUCUGCGGUCGUCUAAUACAUCCAUCACACAAUGACCACCGACCAGAAGACCGAAACCAAUCACCUCGAGAAUGUCGAUGCGAACGAAGCCCAAGACCACGACCAACAGCUCACCCACAAUGACAGCCCGCCGUCAACAUGGACGGCCCUACGCCAGAACCCGUUGAUUGUCUUGUUCUGUCUGUAUGCCAAUGUUGGGGCUCUGAUGUAUGGGUUUGACAAUCUGAUUUUGUCGCUGUCGUUGUCUAUGCCGGCCUUUGAACACAAGUUCGGAUCUUUGGUCAAUGGCACAUACACCAUUCCCGCCUACUGGCAAUCUCUGUGGAAUGCGCUCUCGCAGGUAGCCACCAUGAUCGGAUCCACCGUUGGCGGAUUCAUCUCCGACCGGCUGGGUCGACGGGUUGCAUUCCUGGUCGCUGCCUGUUUGUCGGCUGCGGGGUUCGCCGUAGUGUACACCGCCAACACGCCUGGCGUCUUUCUCGCUGGCAAGAUCAUCAACGGUCUGGCGCUGGGGAUCGCGUUGACGACGGGACAAACCUACGUCUCUGAGAUCACCCCGCUUCCCUUGCGUGGUAUCGCUCUAUCGGCCUAUACCUUCUGCAUGAACCUGGGCUACAUGAUCGCCGCAUCCGUGGCCCUGCCCCGGUUGACCAUGACCACCGACGCAGCCUACAAAGUCCUCUUCGCCUGCGGCUGGGUCUGGCCGGGCCUCCUCUUCCUCUUCUUAAUUCUCAUCCCAGAAUCGCCCUACUUCCUCGUGGCGAACAACAGACCCUCGCACGCCGCCCGCGCCCUGACCCGCCUCGGAACCCCUCCUGCCCUCGUCCCCUCGGUGUUAGACGAGAUCAUCCGCACGACGGAGGAGGAACGCCUGCACGCCGCGCAGGCCGAAGGCGUCAGCUUUGCGGAGUGCUUCCGCGGCCCGAACUGGCGGCGCACGCGCAUCAUCCUGUACUGCAACGCGCUGCCGCAGGUGAUCGGGUCGAGCUUCAUGACCAACGGGCCGUACUUCCUGGUGCAGGCGGGCAUGUCGGCGGGCAAGAUCGGGAUGAUGACGGAGAUCGGGAUCGCGUUUGGGAUUGCGAGCUCGCUGGUGACCGGGUGGGCGAUGACGGUGUUCGGGCGGCGGCCGCUGGUGCUGUUCGGGAUGGGGCUGUCGACGGGCUUGUUCACGGCCAUGGGCGUGGCGGGCUGUUUUCCGCACAGUAGUGCGGCGCUGUGGGUGGUGGGCAUCUUCCUGCAGCUGUCGUGGUGGGUGUACGGGCCCGGCAUCGGCCCCGCCAUGGCCAUCGCCGGCGAGGUCUCGGCCGUGCGUCUGCGCGCCAAGUCGCUGGCCGUCGGCUUCACCUUCAAUUAUUUCUUCUCGACCGUCUGGAAUGUCGUCAUGCCGUAUCUGUAUAACUCUGAUGAGGCGGAUUUGGGGGGUCUGAUCGGGUGGAUCUUCGCCGGGAUGGGGGCGGUCAUGUUUGUGGUGCUGUUCUUCGAGUUGCCUGAGACCAAGGGGCGGUCGUUUGAGGAGUUGGAUGAGUUGUUUGGCGAGAGGGUCGCGGCCAGGAAGUUUGAAGGGUUUCGCUGCGAGAGGGUGGUGGGGUUGGCGGGGCGGAAGGGGGUGGAGGAGUAG